AUGUCUAGCUCAAAAGAAUCCUUUGUUGCUCAUGUGGCUUUCCUUCCAAGUGCUGGUUUGGGCCAUCUCAAUCCAUGUCUAAGAACAGCUGAACUAUUUCUUCGUUAUGGAUGCAAACUCACUCUCAUUACACCAAAACCAACAAUCUCUUUAGCUGAAUCAGAUCUCAUCACCCAUUUUUGUUCUUCUUUCCCUUCAUCUCAACUCAGUCAAGUCGACUUAAAUCUCAUCCCUUUAGAUCCUCCCAUUAACGUUAACUCCGUCGAUCCUUUUUGGAUUCAGUUCGAAACCAUUCGUCAAUCACUUCAUCAACUCUUACCUUCAAUUCUAUCCACACUUUCACUCUCAGCUUUCUUCUAUGAUGUUAGCUUGAUUUCACCUUUGGUUUCCAUCAUGGAAUGUUUCUCUUUUCCUAGCUACAUCUAUUUCAUAGCACCGGCUAGAAUGUUUUCUUUCUUUGCAUAUCUUUCUGUUCUCUCUGAGAAAAACAAAGAUGAAAUACAUUUUUCAUUCAAUGGUGAUGUUGUUGAAAUACCUGGAAUUGCACCAAUACCAAGAUCUUCACUCCCUCCUUUGAUUCUUCAACCUAAUAGUCUUUUUGAAAAGAUACUUAUGGAGGAUAGUCCUAAACUUACAAAGCUUAAUGGAAUUUUUAUGAACUCAUUUGAAGAACUAGAAGGUGAGACACUAACUGCACUUAAUGAUGGAAGAGUUGUUCCUGGGCUGCCUCAUGUUCAUGCUAUUGGUCCUUUGGUGCCAUGUGAAUUUGAAAAGGUAAGAUGCUCAGCUAAUGAUUGCACAAAUUCUAUAUUGAAGUGGCUUGAUGAACAGGCUGCAGGGUCAGUGGUAUAUGUUUGCUUGGGAAACAAGACAGAAACAAAGAGGGAACAAAUAAAAGAUAUGGCUAAUGGGUAUAUAUCAUGUGGUUUUAAGUUCUUGUGGGUGGUGAAAUUGAAAGUAGUUGACAAGGAAGAAGAGGAAAAUUUAGAGGAUAUAUUAGGAAAUGAAAUGAUGAAGAAAGUGAAUGAAAAGGUAGAAGCUAUAUGGCAUGGAAAGCCUAUUCUAUCAUGGGCUCAUGAUGGGGAUCAGAAGAUAGCAUCAGAAGUAGUGAAAAUGAGUGGGGUGGGGGUUUGGCCUGAGGAGUGGGGGUGGGGAAAGCAAGAUCUUGUGAAAGGUGAGGAUAUUUCAAAGGCAAUUAAAGAGAUGAUGAGUGAUGAGUCUUUGAGGAUCAAAGCUGGGAAAAUGAAGGAGGUUGCUAGAAAAGCUGCUGGUGUUGGUGGGAGUAUUGAGGUUGUUAUUAGAAAACAAAUCGAGGAGUGGAAAAUCAAUGCUCAAGGUAUAUCAUAA